UUGAGCUUAAGGGUACGCUCACAGUGGAGCCGACUAUUUGCGAUUAUGCACGAUGGCGAUUACGGACGACUUUUCACACGACUUGGUCGUACGACCAGAGUGCACACAUUGGAACAUACUUAUCGGACAUACUCGGGAGAUUUCUUGUACUUGGUGUAUGUAGUUACUACUUUUAAAAAUGAAUCCAUUAUUUUAUCUGGCUGAAAACAAUCUGCAAGACGUCGAAGGCGAAGGCGUCAGAGGAGGAUGGAAUGGAUAAACGAAAUAUAUAUGAAGAGAGAAGAAUUUGGCGAGUUCCAUCAUCUAAUGGAUGAUUUAAAGGAAAACCCCACAAAGUUUUUUGAAUAUUUCCGUAUGAGUUUAGAAACUUUCAACUAUAUCUUGGAACAUGUUAAGUCUGACCUGACUAAAUACAACAAUUUUCGCCGUGGGAUAUCCCCUGAAGAUUGACACUGUGACACUAAGAUAUCUGGCUACGGGCUCAUCCUUUCGGAGUAUUGGAUUUUCUUUUCUAAUGGCUAAUAAUACAGUUGCCGGUAUUGUACACGAAACAUGCGGGGCGAUAUGGGAAAAUCUUGGAGAAAUCCACAUGAAAUUUCCAUCGAAUAAGGAAGCAAUUCAAAUUACAGAUAACUUUUGGAAGCGGUGGAAGUUCCCAAAUUGUAUAGGAUGCAUUGAUGGGAAACGUAUCCGUAUCAAAGCCCCUGCAAACUCUGGCAGCAUGUUCUACAAUUAUAAGCAUUUUUUUUCAAUCGUCCUACAAGGUAUUGCUGGCCCAGACUAUAGAUUUAUUGCAAUAGAAGUUGGGGCUUAUGGCAAAGAAAGCGAUGGUGGGAUAUUUUCGAAUUCACGUUUAUCGAAGCGGUUAGAAAAUGGUUCCCGCAAUGCUGCUUCUGAACGACAAUUGCCGGAUACCAACGUAUUUUUGCCUCACGUACUAAUAGCAGAUGAAGCAUACCCUUUAAAAACGUACUUAAUGUGCCCCUAUCCUGAAAGAAGCUUAGGACCUGAGGAAGAAUACUAUAAUAGACGUUUGUCAUUAGCUAGACAAGUCGUUGAAUGUGCCUUUGGAAUAAUGACUAGCAAAUGGAGACUACUAACUAAAAGUAUGGAAGUUCACCUCCAAAAAGCUGACAUUAUUAUCCAAUGCAUAUGCCUUCUUCAUAAUAUUGUUAUUGACAGAGAGGGUAUACCUUUGAACAUUGAACCCACACCGAAUGGCUUCCAACAAAACGCAGCCAUUCGAGCACGUAACAUAGGUUAAAACCAUGCUGUCAGAAGAGCAUAUGCUAUUCGAGAACAAUUUAAGUCUUUUUUCAAUAAUAAUCGUAUAUAAUUUUGUCUAGCAUUAAGAAGAAAAAUAUUCUGUACUUAAAAAAAUUAAUGUUUGUUUACAAAAUACAUA